GCCGCUCCUAUUGGACAUACACGCGGAAGUAAAGAAGACUGUUCGCUAACAACAACAAGGAGCCUGUUCUCACUUCCAUCGAUGUAAAUUGUUUUUCUGGGAGGGUUUCAACAGACAUGGCUUUACCGCCUCAACUCAGAUCCAUCCAGCACCACCUCCGGACCGCACAGGAGCAUGAAAAACGGGACCCGGUCGUGGCUUACUACUGUCGGCUCUAUGCUAUGCAGACGGGCAUGAAGCUGGACAGUAAAACACCAGAGUGCCGAAAGUUCCUGGUCAAACUCAUGGACCAGCUGGAGACGAUGAAGAAGGAGCUGAGUGACAAUGACUCCAUCACUCAGGAGGUGGUCGGUAACGCUCAUGUCGAAAACUACGCCUUAAAAAUGUUCCUCUACGCCGACAACGAGGACCGAGCAGGACGCUUCCACAAGAACAUGAUCAAGUCUUUCUACACGUCCAGUCUGCUGCUGGACGUCUUGUCUGUGUUUGGGGAGCUGUCAGAGGAGAACAUCCAGCACAGGAAGUACGCCCGCUGGAAGGCUACCUAUAUCCACAACUGCCUGAAGAGCGGGGAGGCGCCUCAGCCCGGGCCCAUCGCCAUGGAAGGGGAGGGGGAAGCAGAUGAGUUUGGAGCUGAGGGUUUCGCAGGGGCUGGCCCCUCCCACGGGGGAUCCUUCAGGGGAGCUCCUCCUUCCGAAGAGGACCAGGACAAAAGUUUGGAUCCAGGUCCCGCCCCGGGGAUCGGGUUUACUCCGAGUCCAGGACCGGGGCCAUCGGGUCCCCCCACCACCAACUACAACAACAUCCACAUCCCACCAGGGGCCCACGCACCGGCCAACACUCCCGCCGAGCUGCCUCCACCCACAGCAGAAGGAGUUAAACCAGUGCCUAUGCCCCGAUCAGUGCCCACUGUUGACCCCACACUGCUCAACGCCCAGCAGCAGGGCGGCGUUCACCUCAGCCCGGAGGACUUCACCAAGGCCCAGAAGUACUGUAAGUACGCUGGCAGCGCCCUGCAGUACGAGGACGUCAGCACGGCCGUCCAGAACCUCCAGAAAGCCCUGAAACUCCUGACCACAGGCAAAGAAUGAAGCCUUUGUCCUCCUCCUCCUCCUCCUCCUCCAAUCUGAUCCCUCCAUCCCUCCCUCCUUCCUUCCAUCCCCCUCUUUGCUCCCCAGCAGCGCCGCUCUAUCUGUCACACUGAUCUGGCCCACACACACACACACACACACACUCACUCACUCACUCAC